GGUGAUUCGGCCAUGGAAACUAUCAACACAGAUGGAGAUACGACUAUUGUACACAUAGGAGACCUAAUGGAGGAAUCUAAGUCCUCUUUCUCCAAAAGGAACAUUAUGUCCCUACAACAGUUAGGGGGACCAGAAAUCCUGCUAGAAGUCUGUAAUAGACUAGCAUUCCUUCAGCGAUAUAUUCAACGAUACAAGGAAUCUGUAGCAGAGAAUACAUUCAUCAUGCCUUCUACACACGCUGAUGCUAUGGGGCUUAAAGCUAGCUUCCAGUCUGUACUGAAUGACGUGUCCCUAGUAUGGAGAGUCUUCAGUCUUCCUGUACUAGAGCCCCUCACCCC